AUGGAUCUGAAUUCCAUGAAAGAUGCAUUUGAUCGUGUUACGAAGAAACAAAAGUUGUCAUCCUCCAAGUCUCUGGAAAUGAUAGAACAGAUUGUGCAAGAAAUAGAACAAGCAUUAGCAAGAAUACAAUCAGGUCAUGAUUCUACAACCCCAAGUAAUCAUGUGUUGAUCCUAAGUGAACUAAAAGCGAAGUUGAAAGAAAUUGCUCCACUCAACCAGCUGGAAAGCAACCUGAAAGAAUUGAACAUUGCAUUGAGCAGAUAUCCAAAGCUCCUCGAGAAAUCCUUCAAUCCUGAUAUAUCAAAAGCUUACCGCGAUAUUGAUUUUGAUAUACACAUCAUCAAUCAAAUAAUUGCCGAUCAUUUCUAUCGGGAGGGCCAGUUCGUUCUUGGUGAUUGUUUUGUAGAUGAGUUGAGGGAACCAGAAGCUGCAGCUAAGAAAUCUCCUUUCUUGGAAAUGUAUAAGAUACUAGAAGCCAUGAGAUCACAGAACCUGGAGCCUGCUCUACAGUGGGCUGCUACCAACCAUGAAAAACUUAAACAAAAUGGAUCCGACAUUGAACUGAAACUCCAUCGUAUUCAGUUUGUGGAAAUCCUUCAAAAACAUGGUCGAGAUGAGGCUUUGAAAUAUGCUAGAACUUUUUUGGCUCCUUUUGCUGCCAGUCAUAUUACUGAAAUCCAAAAGCUUAUGGCUUGUCUGUUAUGGGCUGGGAGACUUGAUUCCUCACCAUAUGCAGAAUUACUGUCCCCUAUGAACUGGGACAAAUUGGCUGAGGAGCUCACCCAGCAAUUCUGUCAUCUUAUAGGGCAAUCCUAUGAAAGCCCUUUAAGUGUAACAGUUGCAGCUGGAGUCCAGGGUUUGCCGACCCUUCUGAAGCUGAUGAAUGUAAUGACUGUUAAAAAGCAGGAAUGGCAGUCCAUGAAACAGUUACCCGUGCCUGUGGAUUUGGACACAGAGUUUCAGUUCCAUUCCAUAUUUGUGUGUCCUGUGAGUCGGGACCAGGCAAGUGAAGAGAACCCUCCAAUGCUGCUGUCAUGUGGACAUGUACUCUGCAAGCAAUCUAUCACCAAGUUGUCCAAAAAUAAUAACACACGUCCCUUCAAGUGUCCUUACUGCCCUUCUGAGGUCGAAGCAGGCCAGUGUAAGCAGUUGUAUUUGUGA